AACGCGUUUUUGUCUCAUGAGGGACUUCCCUCUGAAAUGAAGUAUUGAAAUAUCUCCUACUUAAAUCCAAAAACGUUACUGAAGCUCCAUAAACCCACGCAUAAACCCUAAUUUCUUUAUCUCCCGCCACCAGAAGCAAAAACCCUAAUCUUCAAAUGGGACGUCGAAAGAACAACGACGACAAAAAUAAGGGCUCCAUGAGCUUCACCAACGCCCAAUCCCAGGGCACCGAAAUUCGCUUCGAAGAUGCAGACGAAGAGCUCACCACAGUGAGCUCAAAUCUCGACCAGUCCAUUAUAGCCAGCGACAAAGCUAUUGCCAUGGACGAUGAUUCUAUGGGCGAGACGGAUGUGUCCUUUAUCGAUGGCGAUGAUGACAAAACUAGCGCCGAUUAUUAUUUCGAUUCCUAUUCUCACUUUGGUAUUCAUGAAGAAAUGCUGAAGGAUGUGGUGAGAACCAAGACGUAUCAAAACGUUAUUUAUCAGAAUAAGUUUUUAUUUAAAAAUAAAGUAGUACUUGACGUUGGUGCUGGGACUGGAAUUUUGUCCCUAUUUUGUGCAAAAGCUGGAGCAGCACAUGUUUAUGCAGUUGAGUGCUCUCAGAUGGCUGACAUGGCAAAAGAGAUUGCUGAAUCAAAUGGCCUUUCAGAUGUUGUAACAGUUUUGAAGGGAAAGAUUGAAGAGAUUGAGUUACCAGUUGCUAAAGUAGAUAUUAUAAUUUCAGAGUGGAUGGGAUAUUUUCUACUGUAUGAAAAUAUGUUAAACACGGUGCUAUAUGCACGAGAUAAAUGGCUUGUCAGUGAUGGAAUUCUUCUGCCAGACAAAGCAUCCCUUUAUUUGACAGCUAUUGAGGAUGCAGAAUACAAGGAUGAUAAGAUUGAAUUUUGGAAUAAGGUCUAUGGUUUUGACAUGAGCUGCAUCAAGAAGCAAGCCAUGAUGGAACCUCUUGUUGAUACAGUUGAUCAGAACCAAAUCGUAACAAACUGCCAGCUACUUAAGACUAUGGAUAUCUCUAAAAUGGCUUCUGGGGAUGCUUCCUUCACUGCUCCUUUUAAGCUUGUGGCAGAAAGAGAUGAUUACAUCCAUGCUUUGGUGGCAUAUUUUGAUGUGUCAUUUACCAAAUGUCACAAGUUGAUGGGCUUCUCUACAGGGCCAAGAUCGCGGGCUACACACUGGAAGCAAACAGUCCUAUACCUAGAAGAUGUGCUAACUAUAUGUGAAGGGGAAGCCCUAACUGGGAGCAUGACUGUAGCACCAAACAAAAAGAAUCCUCGCGACAUUGAUAUAAUGGUCAAAUAUACACUGAAUGGUAGGCGAUGCGUGGUCUCAAGAACACAAUAUUACAAGAUGCGAUGAAGUUGCUUCCAUUUAGCGGUUUGAGUGUAUUUCUUAUUCCUCUGUUUAACAAUUGAGACUGUUGAGAGGGGUUUCCUAAAAUGUAAUGCUGAAAUUUUUGAAAUCAAAAUUCCAAACUAGUUGAUUAAAUUGUAAGAGACAAAUUCCAACUGUAAUUCUUUCAGUUUUUACGCCAUUAUUUA